GGCUUGCAGACUGCAGAUGAGAGACUCGGGAGCAGAGACAAUUUUAACUUAGCCAUCCCUAAUUUAUCUCAAGCUUUUUCAAUUCAUCUUCACUGCUCUAUGCACACUGGAACACCAGAUUGUCAACCCCUGGGAACAGAAUGCAGCCAGGGACCUAGAGAGCUGUCACAUCCUGAGAAAUAUUUAAAUUGUGCUGAUUUUCUUCUGGAGUGCUGAGCAGAGGGAAUGAAACUCUCCAUCAAGUCAUAGCUUUGCGGGCAAUAGAUCAGAGGAUACUGCCAGUUUUUCUAAUGGAUUAUUGUUAUCGGGCAGGUUCUUCCUGAAGACUCUUUUUAGUGAAACAGCUGUAGCUUGGAUUUCAUUGUGUGACCUUGACGCUUACUUGUCAAGCCCUUCAAAUAGCUGUUAGAUUUGGCAAGAUUAAAAGAAAAUAACCUCUUAUGGAGUUUUCAGAACUUCCCCUGACUGGCAGCUGCUGGAGGGCAAAGACUAGGUCCACAGUCAGACACCUUCUUAUCUUUUAGUCUGACAGAAAAUCAAGCUUCCAGUGGGCAAAUAGGGUUCUUCUGCCAACGGGUUAGCAAGCAGUUACUGGGAAAGACGUGGACAUUAGGCAUUGCCAGGAGAGUAUUUCUCAGCAUGGGGGAAUGACAGUCAAGAAAAAUGUCCUGAAUCAGAAUUGAGGACAUGGAUUAACUAUUUAGAAUUUCUGACUUGGAUAUCCAAAUAGUAAGACAUUCUACUAGGAGAGUUUCCAUGUCUUUCUUAUGAGCUGUUGUGAGAUGAUAUUGCACUGAAAGUUUUCAGUUCCUACGUCUGGUGGCACAAAUGAAAUGUUGUGACAAUACUGUAUGCUGUUCUUCACACGAGACACAGCUUGAAAUAUUUUGAUAAAAUGAGAUGCUUGCGGAAAAGAUCAGCAGUGUCAUUCUUAGGAAUCCUUGUCGUUUGCUUGCUGUUCAUGAACCUGUACAUUGAAGAUGGUUACGUUUUGGAAGGGGGCAAGCAACAAAUCAGAGAAACAGCCACGCACCAGCUCAACCCAGAGCGUUAUGUUCACACUUUUAAAGAUUUGUCUAAUUUCUCAGGAUCUAUAAACAUUUCCUAUCGCUACUUAGCUGGCACACCUUUGCCAAGGAAAAGGUAUCUUACAAUUGGACUAUCCUCUGUAAAACGGAAAAAGGGAAAUUAUUUACUUGAGACCAUCAAGUCCAUAUUUGAACAGUCAAGCUAUGAAGAACUCAAAGAAAUCGCAGUGGUAGUACAACUGGCAGAUUUUGACUCAGCCUGGUGUGAAGGGAUCGUCCAGGAUAUUUCACAGAAAUUUGCACAUCAUAUAAUUGCAGGCAGAUUAAUAGUUAUUCACGUCCCUGAGGAUUAUUAUCCUGUACUGGAUGGCCUCAAAAGAAAUUACAAUGACCCAGAGGACCGUGUGAAGUUUCGAUCAAAACAAAAUGUAGAUUACGCUUUCCUUCUAAACUUUUGUGCUAAUCUUUCUGACUAUUAUGUGAUGCUAGAAGAUGAUGUUCGCUGUUCAAAGAAUUUUUUGACUGCUGUUAAGAAAGUAAUUGCCUCACGAGAAGGAUCCUACUGGGUGACUUUGGAAUUCUCCAAACUGGGAUACAUUGGAAAGCUUUAUCAUUCUCAUGACCUCCCACGCCUGGCUCACUUUCUGUUGAUGUUUUACCAAGAAAUGCCUUGCGAUUGGUUACUCAUCCACUUUCGCGGGCUGUUAGCUCAAAAGGAAGUGAUACGUUUUAAACCAUCUUUGUUCCAGCACAUGGGAUACUACUCAUCUUACAAAGGAGCUGAAAACAAGUUAAAGGAUGAUGAUUUUGAAGAGGAAUCAUUUGAUAUCCCUGACAACCCACCUGCAAACUUGCACACCAACAUGAAUGUAUUUGAAAACUAUGAGGCAAGCAAGGCUUACAGUAGCAUUGAUGAGUAUUUCUGGGGCAAAGCUCCUUCUAGUGGAGACUUCUAUGGAAUUGUAUUUGAAAAGCCCAUUAAAAUCAGUAAAAUUAAAGUUGUUACUGGAACUGAAGAUCGGCAAAAUGAUAUUUUACAUCAUGGAGCCCUGGAAGUAGGAGAAAAGAUUGUAGGCAAUAAAAAAGGGAGACAAUGUACAACUUACUUGAGACUAGGGGAGUUCAAAAAUGGGAAUUUUGAAAUAACUGAUGUAGAGCACAAAGUUCUGUUUGAUAUUAACUGCAUGAGAAUACUUGUUACCAAAAGCCAAAAAGAAUGGUUGAUCAUUAGGAGCAUUAGUGUCUGGACUUCUCAAACACCAAAUCAGUAAAGCAAAGCCACCUGAGCAGGUACAAAGUGCACACAAUCAUCUGGGUUCCAACUGGUGACAUUCCCCAGAAAAACUGACACUUACAACUCUUCACUAAAGAUGUAAAAAAUCUGGGGAAAUCACAAAACAAGUAAAGCAAUUUAUUUUUUACUAGUUUGGUCAGGCAAUAUACAAACAUUUAUUUGCUGAAAAUUUUGAAUUUUAUAGGAGAUCUUUAAACUCUUUUUUUAUUAUUAUUUCUCUGGAAGAGAGAUCUUGUGGACCAUACAAACAAAAAACCCAUCCUAUAAUUGCCAAAAGGUUUAAAUCUAUGACCAGUAUGUUGUGAAAUAAGACUGAAUUGCACCUUAUGCACAUAAAAAUUUAAAAUCUUAUGAUAGUAUGCAUUUGUACUGUAGUUGGUGAUGUGUUUCUUCUACAGGCAGUUGUGAAAAGGAAAUCCGUCCUGAAACUGGCAGUUUCCUUCUGAGCACUGUAAGAAAAUAGUGUGGCUAAUCAUUGCAACUUCUUUUCAAAAGGGAAUGUAUGUAAAAUUAUAAAUCUGACAUGAAAAUUAUGUAAAGAAAGAGAUAAUUGCAUCUGUUAUUCUGUUUUAACAAAUAUCCUUUGUUCUUUUUUCUGGGUCCUUUCAGUGAAAUUAGCAGUACUUGGAUUCUAUAUUACUUAGGGGACCAAUUUACUCUCCUAACUUGAACAAAAUGUCUCACAGUAAGCAAGGUUUCUGCUUGAGUACUGAUGUCAAUAUCAAACCCAAGCAACUCAAGGGCACCACUGUUCUCUUAGACAGGCAUCUUAACAGAUCCCAGAUGCAACAUUUUUUGUUCCUUCAUGAUAUGUAGAACUCUCCCUGAGAAAUUUGCAUAUAGCUGAAUACUACAGUAUGCUUUUAGCAUAACAGAAGACUCUUAUGUCUUCCAUAUAUACACGUCCAGUUUAAGUAUGAUACAAAUACAGACUGUACCAGGUUAAUCAAUUGGAGGUCAGUGUAAGCUCCAGUCUCCUCUGGGUGAUUUAUAGUCAAUAGAAGAGACACAAAAUGAGGAAUCCUUAUUCAAUGAGAAAUUAAUAUGGUCCUAAGUUAGUUUUUUGGGGGUUUGGGGGUUUUUUUGCAGUUUUCUAAUUCUAAUCAUAUUAGUCUUGUAGACAUCUUCUGUCUACAAGGAAGAUGCUAGGCAUAUUUCCUGUAAGAAUAUUUUGUCUGGCUUUAGACAAAAAUCAGAAAAGUUCUCUCAGUCUGCAUGACUUCAGUAUCAGUUCUGGGAUACUAGUGCAUCGCACAGGGAGGCUGUAUAGCAUAUGAUUUAUACAAUAUGCAUACAUUCAGAUUAGCAGAAUUUGUGGGGUUUAUUCUUCUAAGAAAUUCUUGAGAUAUCUCAGCAGACACACUAAAAAUACAUGAGUUGCAAGUGUGACACAGAUGAACACUUUAUUGUCAGUCUCAUGAGUACUAUGGUUAUCAUCUGAUUGCAUUUAUGAUUUUUCAGUUAAACCUGGAAGGUAAGAAAUUUGAAGAAUGCCUGCACUGACCAAGAAUGAAUUAAUGACUGUAUGAGUACAUCCAAACCUAACAUGGUUAUUUCAGAAGAGUAAAUUAUUUUUAAAAACUACAGAAACAUCAAUGUAAUUGCUUUUCCUGGUUCAUAAACCUGUAUAAAUUCAGGUCCACGUUUGUCAAAUCCAGUACAAAGGAGAGGUACAUUGUCAAAUAAAUUUUCUGAUAUAUGCUUCUACGUAAUUCA